AUGACCAUUCCCGCCGACAUCCUUGCUGCACAGGCAGCAGGGAGAAUCCCCAGCGACAUUUCGCUAGAAUAUCUAGCGGAGACCUCCGAUCGUUCCGCCAUUGUGGGAAUCAUUUUCAUGAUAUGUUUUACUGGUCUUUUGAUGCUUCUACGACUUUAUGCCCGUGCAUUCAUUGUAAAGAAGAUCGGCUGGGACGAUGCAUUGGCCAUCGCGACGUUGAUGCUCUAUAUUGCUUUUGUGGUUCUUUCUAUCAUCCUAAUCAAUAUCGGAAGUGGCCGGCACAUCGAAUAUAUCCAAUAUGUGGUACCAAUGCCCAAGGUCCGCGAAACUGAAGUCCUAGACCUUGUGGCCCACAUCCUCUACACCACGGCUCUUUUCCUAUGCCGUCUCUCCGGUCUAGCCUUCUACUACCGGCUCACGGCUCGCUCAACAAAACUGCACAUGACCAUCAUCGCUGCGGCACCACUCCUCACGGCUGCAUACCUGCCCCAACUAUUCCUGCUCAUUUUCCACUGCAAGCCGGUGACCGGCCUCUGGCCCUACGAAUGGCAGGAGGAGCCUAGGGAGUAUCAAUGCCUUACAUGGGGACUUGUAUACUCCGUCAACUCAGCUCUUUCGCUCGCCUGCGACUUGCUGAUGUUCGGCAUUCCAGCGGUGCUCAUUAAGGGACUGCAUAUCUCGAUGGAGAAGAAGAUCAAGUUAUCGAUCGUGAUGUUCCCAGGUGUCUUCGUAAUCGUGAUCUCCGCAGUCCGCGUUUGGCUCGUAGUAGCUGGCCAAUGGAAGGCCGACGGCAGUUGGUUUUAUAACCCUCUGAUGUGCGUCGAGAACGCCGAACUCGCAGCAACACUUAUCGCGCUCUCGGUGCCUGCCUUGAAGCCCGUCUGCGGUAAUCUCUUCGCCCACCUGACCGAGUACACGUCCAGUCACACCCUCUCGCGCUCGGCCAAAUUGCAAAGUCGUGGGAAUUCAAAAAACUUGUGUAGCGGUGCUGUCUCCAGCACCGCCGAUAACAAGCGACUUCUCAAUUGGUCCAAAGUUGGGAAAGAUGAUUAUGAGAUGAUGGCUUCUGAGGUCUUGGUUUCCCGGGAUAUCAGAGGUAAUUCCAGGGGGAGCGAUCGCAGUGGCGAUGGGAAAGACGAUUCCGAUAGUCCUGGAAUUCGGGUUACGAAUGAGGUCAAUAUUAGCCGUGAUCAUGAGCAGGCCGUGAGGUUUGAAAAGCCCGGCUCUAGAGAUAGCUAG